CAGUUGCUUUUAAGCCAUUACGAAAAAUAAAACUCUAGCAAUCGCCCAAAGGAAUCGUGCGCGCGCGCAUUCRAAUCACUUAUUUUCAACAUAAAAGUAACAGUUCUUUCUUGCCAACACCGCCGCCACCGCCGCCGACGCUUUCGCAGCUAAGCACUUUUGUUCGCGUGAAGUUAUCGUGCUAUURAACGAACGCUUUACUUUCAAUUUACAACAACAAUAUCGCCGUUAAGUGGUUAACUGCUAAAGAGCAUCUUCUAYUCGCUUCACUUUUUUCUUUUCCACUGUCCUUUCGCUUUGUUUUGCAUACCGCGACUUCCCUCUGUCUCUACGGUGAAUUUGUUUUGGAAUACUUUCGAUAACAUCGCCUGCGCCGUUGCACUUGCCGUACUCGCAGCACUGCGCCUUUGUUGAUUGCGUCGCGUUAAUUGUGCAUUCGAUUUGUUUUGUUUGCUGAUCUUCCGGCAGCUUCGCUUCGCGUGAAUUUGCGUCUAGUAAUUGUGAGGAAAAUUGUGCAGAAACAAAAGAGACUCUGGCCAUAAAAUACGACCAAAGCCACAAAAACUACAAAUUAAUUUAUACAAAGCUUGUGGAGCAAAAUUUUCUUGGUUUGCACAAAUUGUCGAAAAUAAUAUAAAAACAAGAACAUAAACAAUUGCCUAAGUCAACUAGUGCGUCGGUGAAAACAAACAAAAGCCACUAAUUAAAACGAAAGCAACAAAAAAGAACAAUUAAUUUUAAUGACGACUUGCUACAACUGAGAUUUGCUUAAUGCGAUUACGUCUGUUGCGUUCACCUGCAGUGAAACGGAACCUCCAAAAAUAAAACCACCAACAACAUACACCACUACUCAUUAUUAUUAGCGGAAAAAGUAAAAAAAAAGCUGACAACUUGACACACGCGAGUACCUAAAGUACGACAAUCGCGACACAACAAAACGACGCUAUUCACAGCGAGUGAAAAGCUACAUCAAAGUACUUGCUGAAUUGUUCUGGUGAAAAAGUGUGACCGAAGUGCGGCAAUCCACGACGCAACUGAUUUAUUAACUGCUUUGAGCUACUUGCGGUGCUUUGUGCAAUCUUUCGUAAGUGUCUUAGCGCUCAUAAGCCAUAAUUCGUCUUCAUCAAUAAUUCUUUUGCUGCGCAACAGUUUUAUGAGUAAUAGCGCCAUGGUUGCAGUCGCCAUUUGUUGCAUACUGGUCCUGCUGGCCGUCUUCAUUGUGAUCAUCAUAGUCGUUGGUCAGACGAUGGGYGAGCCCAAGUGAGAUAAGCUUCAACUGGGACCCGGAAACUUCCCAGAUGGAUAACAAAGGCACUCGACGAAUUGUUAGUUGUUACCGAAUAUCAAAUAUCCACUGCGACUAUUGGCCAGAGCCCAGCCUCACACAUUCACAUUGCUAAAUUUCAUAAGAUUCACCAUCGAUGACCGACGAGUGCCAUUGAUGAUGGCCCCCUUUGGCAGGCAGCGCCGUAAGCAACAACAUCACUUACAUCGAUUUUCUAAAACACAUUUCGGAAACCAAGCGUCGUCAUGCGGCGUAACCAGCAAGCUAUCUGCAUCAUGUGCCACUAUACGCCGCGUCAUCGGCUUCAUUCRUAUACCAUCGCACCCAACGUCAGAACAAAAAUUGGCUGUGAUGUGAAACUAAAGAGACAUAUGUAUGAAAUGUACUCAUAGACAAAUUUGACACUAAAAAAUUCAAAAAAAAAUUGAAAAAAAUUUAAAUCGGCAAAAAAUUGAGUGUGCAAAAAUAAUUCAA